AAGCGUAGUAAAAGGUCUACAUUAGUGAGUUUUAGAUGCAGCUCCAACUGCCGAGUCGUAACGCGUCAGUCCUCGCGAAUGACAGCAGCAGCGGCUCGCUGCAACAUGACAGCCGUGGAUGGUCUCCCCGACCGCUGCACGUAUCACUCCUGCAGGGAGCAGCAAGUUUGCCUAAAAAUGAUGACAACGUGAAGACGAAAUUGUGGUGUAAACGCCAUGGUGCACCAACUCACGUGAAAUCAGAAGGUGCUCCUGCCAGAGGGUUAAGAGAUUAUUUUAAAGAUGUAGCAGGUUCACUGGGAUUUGACCGUACAGUUGAAUUCAAAUGUACCAGCAAUAUCAGUUGCUUCCUCUUCCUGUCUUCAUCUGUGAUCUGAUCAACACCUGGUGGAGUGUAAGUUCAAUCAAUGCCAUCUGCAACCUCAAGUUCUUCAUCUUCAUUCAGUAUGGCCAUAAGUUCUGCAGUAGAUAGGCCUUUUGUGUAA